UAUAAAGCAGUGAGCAGCAACCUUUACUUUAAAAAAUAUAAACUGUUUGAUAGUCUGUGGUACACCAUUUGACAGGUCUAUCCAUUUUCACCGCAUGAAGACGUGUGUGGAUUUUACUGAAUGUGCAUAGAAAAUGGCAGAUUCCGAGGUUCAAAAGAAAUUGAAGGACAUAUCCUUUAAAAUCCAGACCGCAAGUUUGAAGGGUCGACGUGAAGUAGUGAAAGAAAUUCAGGAUGUAUUAUCAAUAGAAGGCAUCACAGAGCCAGCAGUUCGCUAUGUCUGCCGUGUGCUCAUGCUGACACUGCACCGGUACCGGGAUUCCACCUCCCAGUCCUAUGUGAAGAGCCUGCUCGCCUACCUGGCUUCUAAUCACCGCGAAUGGACUCUGAGAAGCUUGCUGCCUGUGCUCCUCGAGGUCUCGGAACAACUGAGGAAUACUGCUUCAUCUAAAAGCACAUGUCAGAGUGGGCUGUACGCUCUGCGCUGGUCGACAGUGCUGGUGGAAGGGGCGUUGAAAGGCACAGAAGAGGAUGGAGUGGACUAUCCGACCCUGGUACUGGCUCAGGCCAACCUGCUGGCUGUUGUCAUUGCUGGGGGAGAUAAGAGGCAGAAUGAUAAGGCUUUCUCUAAGCUCCACACGUCCUGGUUGGCCAUCGGCAGCAAGCUAGCCAAGUGGUCCGAGGUCCUGUUAUCUCAAGCGCCUGAAAGCGGCCCACACGUCACCGUGGCCUUCUCAGCACUCUGCCGCCACGCCGCACUUACUGGGGACACCACGCUUGUCGCUCCACAUAAGGCCAAAAUGCUAGAAAGCUUCACCAAAAGCCUGAUCAGCGUAAAAGCCCGCCCCAACGCCGCAUACAUAGCUGGCUGCACCGACCUGCUCCAUCUACUAGACCGUUCCGACGUAUAUGAAACACUACUACCAGCUCUUCAUAAGGCCAUGCUGAGAAGCCCGGAGACCAUCAUAGAGGCUGUGGGCGAGGUCUUCGCUAAUCUGAAUGUGGAUUUGGAUGGCAUAGCUGUUGAUAUCGGGAAGAAUUUGAUUGUAAAUGUGCACUCAAAAGACGAGUUGGUGCGCGGCGAAGCUCUACGCGCGCUCGAGCGUCUCGCGCAGCGCUGCUCCGAUCCGAAGGCGGCUGAAGACCUGCUGAAACAUGCCUUCGCCGAGUACCAUGGAGCUAGUGGCAAAUUGACAUCUAGUGAGGACAAGAUCGCCGUGCUCAAUGGCGUGUCCACACUAACAGCGCUCAACGUCCCGGCGGCCAAACGAAGCGUCCUGCUGCAGUCGGCGUGUGGCGGGCUGGCGCGCGUGCUGGAGAGCGAGUCGCACGAGAGGACGCUGGUGGCCGCCCUGGACGCGGCGCGGGCCUGGGCGCGCAGCGCGGAGCCGCCGCUGCCUGGCCCACUGCUGGACCUGUACACGAAAAUCCAGUCAUCCAAGAACGCGACAGUGGGCGUGCGAGUAGCCAGCCUCUGCCUACUGUCGUGCGCCCUGCGCUGCGCCGCGGCGUCGCCUGCGCAGGAGCAAGCUCUACGACCCCCGCUGGUUCAAGCUGUCGCUAAGGCCGCUCAGCAGCCGCUACAGCACCCGGUGGUCCACGAGGGCGCAUGCGCGAUGCUGGCCCUCGUGCUGCUGGACCCGGCCCGCGCGCUGCCCGCGCAGCCCGCGUGGGCCGCGCUCGCGCACCCCGACCGGCACGUGCUGCUGCAUGACCGCGCCCUCGCCGCCGCCGCCGAUGACGUCCUAAUGCAGGUGGUGCUGCUAUGCAGGACCGUAUUGGAGCACUACCCCACUAUCUCAACCGACCAGCACUCCCCCAUCUACCGCGCCUUAACCAUCAUGCUGCUCUCACCCAUCAAAUCCGUACGAACACUCGCUUUAGAAGAAGUCAAAAGUCUACUAGCUAAAGAAGACAGGGCUUUAAUGGCGAGAUAUUUGGUGUUGAAGCUAACUGAAGUGUUAGAGGAGGGGAAGUUCGGUGGGAAAGAGAAGACGCCGGAGGAGAAAGGGACGGAAGUUACGGGGAAGAUGAUUUUGGAUGCGGUGCAGGCGCUUUGUUCGUUUAGAGGUUACUCAAAGCAAGAUGCGCAGCUACUCGCCAUCGACGCGCUCCGCGCCAGCCACCACCCGCUGGCCGUGGCCGUGAACAAGCGCGCCUGGCCUCGCACUGUUCGAUAUUUAAAACUGGACCCGAAGCCGUUAGUGGGACUCUAUGCAAAUAACUUGAAGAAUGCCUAUGUGUGUGGAUAUACGCCUAGUGAGGUAAGUGAAUUUAUUUGUACCACUCCCUAAUCGUGCCCCACUGACGUGGCCGGCGCGGCAGUUUCAACAGCGCUCAGAGCUUUGCAAGAUCCCGCGCUGUUGAGGGUCACUCGACACGAGUACUUCACGUAUCUGACGAGGGAGGGCGAGCUGUAUGACAAGAGCUGCGUGCCCGGCAACGAAGACAACAACGCGAUGAACUUGAAGCGCGAAAGCAAAGCGUACAGCUAUAAAGAACAGCUCGAAGAACUACAGCUGCGACGCGAACUAGAGGACAAACGUCGGAAGGAGGGCAAGCUCAAAGAGGCCCCACUAUCGGCGAAGCAGAAGGAGGCUAUAAAAGCACAACUAGCCAAGGAGAGUGCCAUACGCGAGAGGUUAACUUCUCUAAAUAGCCAAGUAGAAAUCGCCGUCCGUCUACUAGAAGCCGUAGGUGCCGGAUCCGUCCACGCCAUCUGCCUGCACGCGCGGCGCAUAGUGCCGGCCCUGCUGGGCGCCCUGCGGUCCCCGCUGGGCGCCGCGCCGGCCCUGCAGGCGCACCGCAGCCUGCCGCUGCUGCCGCCCGCGCUCAAGGACCAAGUGCACGCGCUCACCGUCAGACUCCACAAACCUCAAUGCGACCUGGACCCGGCGUGGGAAGAAGAGGACUUGGACAAAGCGACGAUCCGAACCAUAAACUUGAUCCAUGAGAUCACGGUGGGAACUAAGGAACAACCGGGCAAGCCGCUCGACGCUCCGGGAUUCUGUUAUGUGUUCCCGCUGCUCAAAAUUGGCAUGUCAGUAAACGCAGUCCGAAGCAAUGAGAGAGCGAUGCUAGCGGGGCUGGCAAUAGUUAGUGCGCACGCGGCGCUCCGCGGCCCGGGGCCGCUGCUGCAGCCCGCGCUGUUCCCCACCGACCACAUGUUCCGCGCCCUCGUCGAGCUCGUGGGAAGCACAAGUGGACGCGUCCAAACUGCAUGCACGGUCGCUCUAUUAGAAACUGGUGACAUGGCUUCACGAGCACCGGUCACACACGAAGACGUCGUCUGUUUGUUGGCCGGUCUGCAAAGCCCACUAGAAGUUGUCCGCGACGCAGCGUUACGAACGCUCCUCCGCAUAGCGACGCGCUUGCCGCCACUGUUUGAGGACAAGGAUCAGGCUCUGGAAAUUAGCAAGCGGCUGCUAGUCGCGACUUUUGACAUCGCGGAAGAUAAUAAGAAGCUAGCCCAAGAGCUAUGGUCAGCGGUCCCAGAAGCACAAGAUUGGAGCAGUCGAGGCGAAAUGUUCCCACUGUUACUCGUAGAAGUACAACAUCCAGCCGAACCUGUCCAACGCGCCGCCGCCGCUGCCUUAGCUCAUCUUGUCCAUACUACUGCACAGGAAGAGAACGGAGCAUCGGAGAAGAAAGAGACAGGAGCACAGCAGAUGGUACCCAUGACACGCGCAGAAGUGCUGCGCGCGCUGCAGGACAUCUACUCUGAGAAGUUACCGAUGAUCCCAGCCAAACUCGACCAGUUCGGUCACGUAGUGGAAGAAGCGGUGGACGAGUGGGGCGCCCGGCGCGGCACCGGGCUCGCGCUGCUCGCGCUCGCCCCGCACCUGCGCGCGCACGACGUCCCCGACGCGAUGCGCUUCUUUGUCGAGCGCGGGCUCGGCGACAGGGCCGAGAAGGUUCGAGCGGAGAUGCUCAACGCUGCUAUGGCGAUUGUCGAACUACAUGGCAAGGAAACGCUGGGCAGCCAACUCCCCGUAUUCGAGAACUUCCUAGACAAGGCGCCUAAGUCCGGUGGCUACGAUGCGGUGCGGCAAAGUGUGGUGCUGCUGGUCGGCUCGCUGGCGCGCCAUCUCGAGCCUGAUGAUGCCCGGAUCAAGCCCAUCACCCUUCGGCUUAUAGCUGCAUUAUCCACGCCGAGUCAGCAGGUGCAAGAGUCCGUGAGCAACUGUCUCCCUCAUCUGGUAUGCUCGCCCGCGCUCGAGGGCGAAAUACCCGCCAUCAUGAACAAACUCAUGAAGCAACUACUCACCGCCGAGAAGUACGGAGACAGGAAGGGCGCAGCAUACGGCAUCGCUGGUAUCAUCAAGGGUCUCGGCAUCCUCUCGCUGAAGCAGCUCGAUGUGAUGGGGAAACUGACCGAGGCCAUUCAAGAGAAGAAGAAUUACAAGUACAGAGAAGGCGCUCUAUUCGGCUUCGAAAUGCUCUGCUACAAACUAGGCCGUCUCUUCGAGCCGUACAUAGUCCAUGUCCUCCCGCACCUGUUACUCUGCUUCGGCGAUAGUUCGCAAUAUGUGCGCGCCGCCGCCGACGACACAGCGAAGCUGAUCAUGAGCAAACUGAGCGCUCACGGCGUCAAGUUGGUGUUGCCGUCGCUGUUGCAAGCGCUGAAUGACGAUAACUGGAGGACUAAGGCCGGUUCAAUCGAGCUCCUCGGCGCUAUGGCGUACUGCGCGCCGAAGCAACUAUCCUCGUGUUUGCCUUCCAUCGUGCCGAGACUGAUCGAGGUUCUAUCUGAUUCUCAUAUGCGGGUGCAGGGCGCAGGCGCCGAGGCACUCAAGGUCAUCGGAUCCGUCAUCAGGAACCCUGAGAUCCAGGCAAUCGUGCCCGUCCUGCUGCAAGCGCUCCAAGACCCGUCAAACAAGACCUCCGCCUGCCUCCAGACGCUCCUCGACACCAAAUUCGUGCACUUCAUCGACGCGCCCUCCCUCGCGCUCAUCAUGCCGGUCGUCCAGCGGGCGUUCCUCGACAGAAGUACGGAGACGAGGAAAAUGGCGGCGCAAAUUAUUGGGAAUAUGUACUCGUUGACGGACCAGAAGGAUCUGAUGCCGUAUCUGCCUAAUAUUAUACCUGGGUUGAAGAGUUCCCUGCUGGAUCCUGUGCCUGAGGUCCGUUCCGUAUCCGCGCGUGCUCUAGGCGCCAUGGUGAAGGGCAUGGGCGAGAGCAGCUUCGAGGAACUCCUCCCAUGGCUGAUGCACACCCUGACCUCGGAGUCCAGCUCCGUGGACCGCAGCGGCGCCGCGCAGGGGCUCAGCGAGGUGGUGGCCGGCCUGGGAGUCCACAAGCUGCACAAGAUCAUGCCGGACAUCAUCGCAACAGCCGAGCGCACCGACAUCGCGCCACACGUGAAAGACGGCUACAUCAUGAUGUUUAUCUACAUGCCCGGCGCCUUCACCGACGAAUUCACUCCUUACAUCGGCCAAAUCAUCAACCCCAUCCUAAAAGCCUUAGCCGACGAGAACGAAUACGUCCGCGAAACAGCCUUAAAAGCCGGCCAACGUAUUGUUAACUUAUACGCUGAAAGUGCUAUAACUUUACUGUUGCCUGAACUAGAAAAAGGCCUAUUCGACGACAAUUGGCGUAUCAGAUACAGCUCAGUGCAACUUCUAGGAGACUUAUUAUACCGUAUAUCAGGUGUCAGCGGUAAGAUGAGUACGGAAACAGCGUCGGAGGACGAUAACUUCGGUACGGAGCAGUCGCAUAAGGCAAUUAUGUCAGCCCUUGGCAACGAACGCAGGAAUAGGGUAUUGGCCGGGCUGUAUAUGGGCAGGAGCGAUGUGGCGCUGAUGGUGCGGCAGGCGGCGCUGCAUGUGUGGAAGGUGGUUGUGACCAACACACCGAAAACGCUGCGAGAGAUCCUCCCGACGCUGUUCGGGCUCCUGCUGGGCUGCCUGGCGUCCACCAGCUACGACAAGCGCCAGGUCGCUGCGAGGACGUUGGGAGAUCUAGUGCGCAAGCUGGGUGAACGCGUCCUCCCCGAAAUCGUACCAAUCCUGGAACGCGGCCUGAAAUCCGACCGCGCCGACCAGCGCCAGGGCGUUUGCAUCGGCUUAGGAGAAAUCUUGGCUUCUACCUCAAGAGACGCCGUACUAUCGUUCGCAGACGGACUUGUGCCUACUGUGCGAACUGCGCUGAGGGACCCGCUGCCUGAAGUGCGAUUAGCGGCUGCUAGGACUUUUGACAGUUUACACGCGACGAUCGGUAAUAAGGCACUAGAUGACAUUUUGCCUCAAAUGUUGGAAGGUCUCAACGACCCCGACCCGGCGAUCGCAGAGGCCACUCUAGACGGCUUGAAGCAGGUGAUGGCGAUAAAGUCGCGCGCCGUGCUGCCGUACCUGGUGCCGGUGCUGACGUCGGGCGCGGCGGACACGCGCGCGCUGUCGGCGCUGGCGGCGGCGGCGGGCGGCGCGCUGGCGCGGCACCUGCCGCGCGUGCUGCCCGCGCUGCUGGCCGCGCUGGCGGCGGCGCGCGGCCAGCAGCGGGAGGCGCAGGAGCUCGACCACUGCCGCAACGCGCUGCUGCCCGUCACCGACGCGCAGGGCGUCCGAUGCAUAAUCGACAUGCUGCUCGAGGCAAUCCGCACGAGCGAGGGCGACAAGCGUCGCGCCGCCGCGUCCCUGCUGUGCGCCUACGUGUCCCACACGCGCGCCGACCUCACGCCCUACGUGCCUCAACUGCUGCGCGGGCUCGUCCUGCUCUUCGCCGAAACCGACCGGGACGUCCUCCAAAUGGCCUGGGAGGCGCUCACGGCGCUCACGAAGACGUUGGACGCGGAGAAGCAGAUAGCCCAUGUGGCGGAUAUAAGACAGGCUGUGAGAUAUGCGGCUUCGGAUCUGAAGGGUGAACUGCUGCCUGGUUUCUGCUUGCCUAAGGGCAUAGCACCAAUCCUGCCUCUAUUCCGCGAGUCCAUCCUCAACGGUCUACCCGAAGACAAGGAAGCCGCCGCACUCAUGUUGGGAGAAGUCAUCACGUUAACCUCAGCGGCGGCCAUCCAGCCCUCCGUUGUGCACAUUACUGGACCUCUCAUCCGUAUCCUGGGAGACAGGUUCAAUGCCAGUGUGAAGGCAGCUGUACUCGAGACACUGGCUUCAUUACUCUCAAAGGUUGGCGUCAUGCUGAAGCAGUUCUUACCACAGCUCCAAACGACCUUCCUAAAGGCGCUGAACGACCAAUCGCGCCCAGUCCGCAUAAAGGCCGGACUUGCCCUCGCUCAACUAGUGCGGAUACAUACACGCGCCGACCCACUCUUCGUUGAGAUGCACAACGGCAUCAAGAACGCCGAUGACCCCGCUAUUAGAGAAACUAUGCUGCAGGCGCUUAGGAGCAUCAUUACAGGUGGCGGCGACAAGAUGUCCGAGCAACUAGCGCUCAGCGUGCUAGCCACGCUGACCAGCCCGGCGCUGCUGGCGCACGCGGACGACCCGCCCCGCGGCGCCGUCGGCGGCUGUCUCGGCGCGCUGCUGCACUGUCUCCCUCCCACACAUAGAGACGCGGCGUUGCUGCAUCAUGUGUUGGCCGGAGGGAAUACGACGAUCACGGAGGCGGAUUGGAUGCUAGCUCAUGGAAGGUCUUGUGCGCUUUUCGUCGCCUUAAAAGAAACGCCUGAGGUAGUUUAUACUGAACAGUUCGAAGAGAAAAUAGACAAAGCUCUCUUAGGAUACCUAGCCAGUGAUAAAGUACCCAUCGCAUGCAACGGUCUUCGCGGCAUGGGGUACCUUAUGAAGUAUCUACUAGGACACGAUCGCGCACCACCGCAAGCCAUACUCACACAGUUCGUCAGGAGCAUGAACCACAGCAACAACGAGGUGAAGCAACUGAUGGCGCGCGCCAGCACCACGCUCGGGCGCUCGGGCGCGCUGCGCGGCGCCAGGGGCCCCGACGUGCUGCGGCCGCUGCUGCCGGCCCUGGUCAACGGCACGAAGGAGAAGAACACCUAUGUCCGGGCCAACGCCGAGCUCGCGCUGCGCGCUGUACUGUGUCUACAGAACGACGACAGUUUCCACAAACAAUGCCUAUCCCUCCUCGACGAAGGCGCCCGCGAGGCGCUCAGCGACGUGGUGGCUCGUGUGCUGCGCCGCGCGCUCCAAGACGGCCGGGACGAGGACCUCGACGUGACGCUGCUCACCUGAGCACCGCUGUAUCUAUCAGCUUACUUUAAUAUAUACUGUAUCUACCA